UUAAAAAUAAUCACCUUUUAGUGAAUUUUAUUUAAUCGGUGUUUGUUUAUUUCUGAUCUCUUAUUAUUAUUGCAGACAGUUGAUAAGAACGCUUAGGAAGGAGUAGAAGAUGGGGAUUGAAAGUGUUUUAGCGGGUGGGUUGACUUCGGCGUCGAGCGGGCUUUCGUGGUUCUUCCCGGUGCUCGCGGCAGCGUUGGUCUACUUCCAAUACGAAGUGAUGGACAACGAAGCACCGCCGAUUAACAUACCGUCCGAAGUGUUGCUACCCUCCUACGAUUUUAUCGUAAUAGGAGCAGGGUCCGCAGGUACGUUUGUUAAGGAUGUACUGGCUAUACAGUUAAUCCCAAAAGUUUAUGUGCCUUAGAAAAACGCAUUUCCUAUAA